UUUUGUUCUUCAAGCCACCCUCUUUUCACCAACUAUACAAUGACAGACACCAGCACUCUGCUAGUCGACAAGCAUGUGCAGUACAUCCAGAGCCUAGACAAAAAGCAAGACAGCCUCGAGUACUGGAUGAGCGAGCACCUGCGCGUCAGCGGCAUCUACUGGGGACUGGUAGCGCUGGAGCUAAUGGGCCGCGCCCCAGCCUUCGACAAGGACGCAGUGGUCGCGUACGUCCUGACGUGCCAGAACGCCGACGGGGGCUUCGGCGGCCACACCAGCCACGACUCGCACCUUCUGUACACAAUGAGCGCAGUGCAAAUCCUGGCCAUGUACGAUGCGCUGGACCAGAUCUCCGCCGACAAGGUGGUGCAACUACGUUGUUGGGCUGCAGGACAAAGAGACCGGGGAGGUGAGCGGCGACAGGAUGGGGCGAGAAGGACACCCGGUUCGCGUUCAUCUCGCUGGCAAUCCUCAGCUUCUUCCAAUGCCGUGGACAGGAUAAAGGUGGGGCCGAUUGUCGAGUACGUGAGCAGGUCGAUGAACUACGACGGCGGGUUUGGCAGUGGGCCCGGCGGCGAGUCGCAUGCGGCCCAGGUGUUCACGUCGCUGGCGUGCCUGGCCAUUGCUGGCCGGCUGGAUGUGGUUGAUAGGGAGAGGACUGUCAAAGUGGCUGGCCGAGCGCCAGCUGAAGUGUGGCGGGCUGAACGGCCGCCCGCAGAAGCUCGAGGACGUCUGCUACUCGUGGUGGGCCGAUGUCGUCGCUCAAGAUCCUGGGCAGGGUGGACUGGAUCGACAAGGACAGGCUUGCCUGAGUUUAUUCUGUCGGCGCAGGACCCCGAUAACGGCGGGAUUGCCGACCGCCCGGGCGACGUCGCCGACGUCUACCACACGUGCUUUGGCAUUGCCGGUCUGUCGCUGAUUGGGUUCCAGGGAUAUGGACUCGAGGAUGUGGACCCUGUGUACUGCAUGCCAGUCAAGGUCAUUGAGCGCAUGGGGCUACGAUUACAUGGAGGGGCCGCCUGCCCGUCGAGUGGAAGCAAUGAUGCUGGUUCACGAUCGAGUGAUUCUGCAAGAGUUAUUAAUAAAAAGUUUAGAACGGAAAAAGCAAGGGCAAGAGGAAGGAAGAAAAGAACAUAGGAAAUAGGCGGCUGGAACCCCCCGCCAGAGGCAGCGGGCAGCUUAUUAGCGAGUCCACUUCUCGGCCUUGCCCGCCCACGGCGAGACAU